UAGAGAGAGAGAGAGAGGGAGGAAACAACUGUGAAGCCGCGUGAGCCCGAUUGUGGGAGAGAAAGAGAGAGAAAGGGAGAGAGUGAGCUGGUCAGCACUCCCCUCCUCCGACGUUUCUCAGCAACACCCUUCUCCCUCUUCUGCUCUCGCCUUCCCCCAAAGAGAAAAAAAAAAGAAAAGGGGAAAAGGAAAAGAAAGAUUAUUAAAUUGUCAGACCAUUCAAGCCCUUAUAUUGAAACAUGGGUAUUGAUGUCCUGGCCUCGUUCAAGAUUGGUCGUCUUCUUCUUCUUCAGCUUCGUCGAACGUGAGCACCCAGCAGCCAAGGACGCUUCAAGAUUCAUCCAACCCUUCAUCUCUUUUUUCUUCAGUUGCAGGGCAAUUGAAAUUACAUUGCUGGAUGAGGAAAAGGCUGUGAAGUGAAUCUGGGGAUUGCUAAUUGCGUCUUUUAUGGGCAACACAUGCCGCGGAUCUUUCGGAGGAAAAAAUUAUCAGGGCUUCGAUCAGCCCCAAGACCAGUCCAAAUCCAAGAAGAGCUCGCGAUCUGAUCAUUCUAGUUCCGACUACUCACCCUCGACAUUAAACUCCCAGCAGCUCGUAGCUCAAGAAUUCGCCGCCGAGACGCCCAAGAAGGGUAACGAUAAUAGCAAUAAUAAUUUGCAACUUAAUAGUGCAGCCAAAAAGGACACAUUCAUGAGGAGAGGCAUUGAUAACCAGUCUUAUUUUGUUUUGGGUCAUAAGACCGAAAACAUCCGUGAUCUUUAUGUGUUGGGUCGCAAACUAGGGCAAGGGCAGUUUGGGACUACUUAUUUGUGCACUGAUAUUGCCACCGGGAGUGAGUACGCAUGUAAGUCAAUCUCGAAGAGGAAGUUGAUCUCUAAGGAGGAUGUGGAGGAUGUUCGGAGGGAGAUUCAGAUAAUGCAUCAUUUGGCCGGACACAAGAAUAUUGUCACAAUUAAGGGUGCUUAUGAGGACUCAUUGUAUGUUCACAUUGUCAUGGAGCUUUGCUCUGGAGGUGAGCUGUUUGAUCGGAUUAUUCAAAGGGGACAUUACAGUGAGAGGAAGGCAGCUGAGCUGACUAAAAUCAUUGUCGGGGUUGUUGAGGCUUGUCAUUCACUUGGGGUGAUGCAUAGAGAUCUCAAGCCUGAGAACUUCUUGCUGGUUAACAAGGAUGAUGAUUUUUCUCUUAAAGCCAUUGACUUUGGGCUCUCUGUUUUCUUUAAACCAGGUCAGAUAUUUACUGAUGUUGUUGGAAGCCCAUAUUAUGUUGCCCCCGAGGUACUUUUGAAGCAUUAUGGGCCAGAAGCGGAUGUGUGGACAGCAGGAGUCAUAUUAUAUAUAUUGUUGAGUGGUGUGCCACCAUUUUGGGCAGAAACGCAGCAGGGAAUAUUUGAUGCUGUGUUGAAGGGACACAUAGACUUUGAUUCAGAUCCAUGGCCCGUAAUAUCUGAUAGUGCGAAGGACCUGAUCCGAAGAAUGCUCUGCUCUCAACCUUCUCAACGCAUGACUGCUCAUGAAGUGCUAUGUCAUCCAUGGAUUUGUAAAAGUGGAGUUGCUCCUGACAUGGCGCUGGAUCCAGCUGUCAUGUCCCGUCUCAAACAGUUCUCUGCUAUGAAUAAAUUGAAGAAGAUGGCUUUGCGGGUAAUAGCUGAGAGCCUUUCGGAGGAGGAGAUUGCUGGUUUGAGAGAAAUGUUCAAGACAAUGGACACUGAUAAUAGCGGUGCAAUCACAUUCGAUGAACUGAAAGCCGGCCUGAGAAGAUACGGCUCCACAAUGAAAGAUACUGAGAUCAGAGAUCUCAUGGAUGCAGCGGAUGUGGACAACAGUGGAACCAUUGAUUAUGGGGAAUUUAUUGCUGCGACAAUUCACCUUAACAAACUAGAACGCGAGGAGCAUCUUGUUGCGGCAUUCCGAUACUUUGACAAGGACGGAAGUGGUUAUAUUACUAUGGAUGAGCUUCAGCAAGCAUGUGAGGAGCAUAAUAUGACCGACGUUUUCCUUGAAGAUAUCAUCAAAGAAGUUGAUCAAGAUAAUGAUGGAAGAAUCGAUUACGGUGAAUUUGUUGCAAUGAUGCAAAAAGGAAAUGCCGGCGUUGGAAGACGAACCAUGCGAAACAGUGUGAAUAUAAGCAUGAGGGAUGCUGCCCCCGGGGCCCUUCAGGUUCCCAAGUAGGAGACCCCUUCUAAGGUUGAGCGGCCGAAGAAAAGUUGCAGCAGCGGGCGAAUUCUAAUUCCUUCCUCCACAUCUAUCUCUCGGGAAGCUUGUGAUGCCGGCAAGCGUCCGGUUCCGAGGCUUGAGUCGU